UUAUCUGAGGAGACUAAAAAGUCACGGUGUUCCGGUCUGCUAACGAAAAUGCAACAUUUUAUUCAGCGCUCUUUCUUCCGGGAUCAAAUCAUUUUUCUGCGGCUCUGAUCACAACAAUCUGGUGUUGAGGAAGGUGGAGAACACUGUACCCAAGUAAGAGCAACACUACUUAAACGUAUUUUUACUCAAGUAAAAGUAAAGCCGACCUAGAAAUUACUCGAGAGUUUUAAAAAAAAGUUUUCAGUUCCUACACAGAUUCAUCUUCUUAUCCUGCCCAAAGGUUUUCCCUCCAGCUGAUCUUCCUCUGCUCACUCAGCCAUGAGCGACAGUGACGACGACGUUCCCACCCUGUCCGCUCACACUCUGGCUGCCCUGCAGGAGUUCUACAACGAGACCCGAACCGGUCCUGAUCAAGACGGGACGCCGUCUGACCCGUUCGCCGUGGGAGCCGUGGAGGAGGACUGGCGGAUGAGUCAGUUCUGGUACAGUGACGAGACAGCAGCGGUGCUGGCGGAGGAGGCGGUACGGCAAGCCGGAGAGGGCGGCAGGAUAGCGUGUGUGAGCGCGCCCAGCGUCUACCAGAAGCUGAAGCAGGGCGUGGUGGACGGCUCCGACAGGGUGUCUGCUGUCGUGCUGGAGUACGACCGCCGCUUCGCCGCCUAUGCCGACGACUUCGUCUUCUACGACUACAACGAGCCGCUGUCCCUCCCCUCCGGCGUGGCGCCGCGGAGCUUCGACAUCGUCCUCGCCGACCCGCCUUACUUAUCUGAGGAGUGUCUGACCAAAGUGGCCCAAACCAUCCAGUACCUGAGCAAAGGCAAAGUGCUGCUGUGCACAGGAGCCAUCAUGGAGAAUGUUGCCAAAGAACUGCUGGGGGUAAAAAUGUGCGGCUUUUUGCCCAAACACAACAGGAACUUGUCCAACGAGUUCCGAUGUUUCGUCAACUAUCCUUCGGACCUGCUGUGCAGCUGAGGAAGCGGGAACCCUGGACACCCGCUGUUUCCAGGAGGAAGAGCUUAAAGACGGCACUCAGGACAGCAGGGAGGAAGAGGAAGUGGACAAUUUAAUUUGCCAUGAAAUCAGUUAACAGAAUCACAAUCUGCUACUGUCAUUAGACUAGACAAUACUGAGUUGUUUUUUUUAAAGAUAUUAUUUUAGCAAAACCCACGAAGUGUUUUCAACUUUUAUUAUGCAUUUUUCAUUCGUUACAUCAAAGCGAGAGUGGCUUUUUCUGCUCUCGUGUCUCAGUGGAUCUGCCUCAAAAAGGGAAAUCAGACAUUUUCACAUUCAACACAUUUGUUUUCUCCAUUAAACCGGUGCUGAAAAGUUGCAAAUCAUACCUGAAUCACGUGACUGAACCUGAGCUCUAGUAGCUUUUCAUUUGAGUUGUCUUUCACAAAUAUCAGAAAUAAACAUUUCCAGUAGUCAACACUUUAUAUCUGAUAGUAAAGAAACAAUAGUUCAGUUGAAAUAAAAAAAUUCCCCAUUAUGCAUUAAUUCAGCAUUGGUAUGAAGUUUUGUGUGACUGGAUAAAUAUGAGUUUAAAACAUAACUGGAUGUUUGAGCUGAAGAAUGAACUACUCUAAACAAAUGUGGGGUGAAGGAAGAAAUUGAUUCUGUUCAAAAUGCUCACAAUUUUAGUGUCUUUUUUUUUUUUUGUAAAAAUAUAUUUUGAAUAAUUCUUUUUUAUGAUUUAGGAAAAACCAAAACAGCUAAGCUAACUUAGUAAUUAAGUUAAAUAAUAUUAUGCACAAGCCUAUUUUUGUUCAAACAGAAUAGUGUGGAACCAUAUAGAAUUGUUUUAAAGUUUAAAUUGUUUUUAAUUUUUUACCCUCUUGUCAGUCCCAUAAUUCAAACAGAAACUCUAGACCAUAAAGUAGAAACUGGCUUCUUAAUCGAAAACUGGAAUCAAAUUGAAUCGCUUCCCUAAUAAAAUGACGACUGAGCUUUAUACAAACUUUGCUGCGUGAUAAAAAGUGGAAGACGGUGGUUUACCAGGAUCAUGUUUUAACAGCAGGGGUCCGCGGCUUCUUGGUUUCCAAAGGGUUUUAUAUUAUUAGUAUCAGAGUAGAGGAGGGA